AAUCAUGAUAAAAUGGCUUUAUAGCGUAAGGGAUAGUCUUACAGGACAACAGUUUAUCUUUUUAAUGAUAUUCUUUGCUCUCCUGUCUGUCAUUCCAAUCCUGUAUAACUGUUGUGAAGAUUUUGCUAGAUACAGAAGACUAGAGAGGCCUGAUUAUGAUAAUACUGAUUGGUAUGACUACAUGCUUGUAGCUUACCUAACUCCUUUAGUUUUUCUUGGACAGAUCUUAACUAGCAAGAUUACAAGCGGCUACUUUAGAAGCAGAUUCCAAAAGAAAUUUGAAGGUGAAGCCUUAGAUCUAAAAGUGCAUAAGGCCACCAAAAACUGUUUCAAAUUCUUCUAUUACUGAGGAAUGGUGUCUUUUGGGUACUAUGUUUAUUCAGACACUAACUAUCACUCCUCUUAUAUGUUUGGGGAAGGAAAUAUGAUGUAUCUUGACUCAGACUGGCCAUUUAACAAGCAGCCAAGACUCUUGAAGCUUUAUUACAUGGCUGGAAUCAGUUACCACACUUCCGAUAUGAUCCAUCUGUUCUUAAAUUCGGCUCAAAAAGAUUUCUUUGAAAUGCUCCUUCAUCAUUAUAUCACAAUUAUGCUAAUUAUUGGGUCAUAUAUGACAAAUUUUUGGAACAGUGGAAUCAAUGUGAUGCUUCAAAUGGACGUAGGAGAAAUAUUCGUAGGAUCUCUUAGGUGUAUCAACGACAUCUGGAGCCCUCUCAUCUGAGUCCCUCUCUUCGUGGUCAUGAACAUCUUCUGGGUCUACUUAAGAAUUAUCGUGUUUGCCAAGGAAGUUAUCAUAGAAGGUUCCAUGAUUGGUAGGUGGAGAUUUGAUCAAAAUACAAGUCACCAAACUUCAAUGCAGGUUUUAUUGAUGAUUCUUCUGCUACUUAACUGUUACUGGCAGAUACUUUUCUUCAAUAUGCUCUACAGAGCCGUAUUCAAAGGAGAUACUAAGGAUUACCAAAACCCUGUUGAGGAUAUCAAAACUAGGGAAGACUCUAAGAAAAUUAAAUCGUAA